UGGUGACUUUUUAGUUGCAGUGCAUGUCUGUCUAUAUUUUCUUUAAUUUGUCAGCUUGAGGACCACAACUCUAAAAUAAUGUCUUUUUCUAGACUUCUACACAGAUGUAAGACAAAUGUGCUGUGUAGAUACGUGCCAAGGGCGUUUUCAACCCAGACAGAUGGAGAGGCUCGAAUCACACAGAUACUCAAGGAGAAGUUUCCGCUCGCCUCAUCACUCAAAGUUGUGGAUAUUUCGGGUGGCUGUGGUGCAAUGUAUGAAAUACACAUAGAGUCAGAUGAGUUCCGAGGGAAAAGGACAGUGCAACAACACCAACUAGUAAAUCAGGCACUUAAGGAGGAAAUUCAGGCAAUGCAUGGACUACGUAUAUUCACAGAUGUCCCUCAAAAGUAGCAUCAUCCACAAUAAUGAACUCAAUUAGCUUUUUAAAAUGGAUCAUAGUAUGGUACCACAGCAGCAAAUUCCACUCCUGUUUUGUAACAUUUUAUGUACGUCUUUGAGAAGACAACUGUUGAGAUUUGUUUUAAAUCUUAUAACUCUUACAUGACACAUUAUAGAUCUUAUGCAAAAUAUCAAAUGUUUCUCAUGUGCAGAAGUAGUAUUAUUUACAGCAGCCGCAGUCUAUAAAUAGUA